UAAUGGCAUAUGCCGCAGCUUGUUUCAGCCAAAGCCAUUUCAUCGUCGAACAUUCCCUGCCCGCCCGCGCUCUCGACGAUCUCGAGCCGUACAAGGUCUUAAACGACUAUUCUGGGGCCUGGUCUUCUGCCUGUGAGUGAUCCAGUCGACCAACCCAUGUGUGGCCUCUCAAGUGUUAACGUGUGGUUCACGACAAGUGGCUUGCUCAAGCUAGCCGCUCUUACUUGGAACGGCCUUGUGUAUCUGUUUCCCGAUGACCUGGAUGCCCGCCUCGACGCUUGGGUCUGGCCGGGGGGCCGUCCCUCCAUCUUCUCUCACUGGACCACUCACGGGGUCAUUCCGGUGCAGUGCCACUCGCACAACGACUAUUGGAGAGACGUGCCUCUGUACUCUGCCCUCCAAGCCGGCUGCAUCGGCGUCGAGGCCGACAUCUGGCUCUCCAACAACGACUUGCUCGUCGGACACACCCCCUUCACCCUGCACCCGGAGGUAACCCUACGCAGUCUCUAUCUCAGCCCGCUCCUCGAACUCCUCCAGAAACACAACACCCGCACCAGCCAGCUCCAGCCCGCGAACCGCGACAACGCGUCUCCCGCGGGGGUCUUCGCAAACGACCCAGGGCAGAGUCUUGUCCUACUGAUCGACUUCAAAGCCGAGGGCGAAGCGCUCUGGCCGCGUGUGGUCGACGAAUUGCAGCCGCUCCGCGAGGGGGGCUAUCUCACCCACUUCAACGGCUCUAGCAUCGUCGAACGGCCCCUCACGAUCGUGGUCACUGGCGACGCCCCCUUCCACCGCGUCGUCGCCAACAGAACCUACCGCGAUAUCUUCUACGAUGCCCCCCUCGACCGACUGGCGGAGUUCCCGUCCCCGGGUCUCGAGACGGCGGGUGCUGCGGUGGCGGCGGCGGCGGACGUCGACUACACGCGCAUGAACAGCCACUACGCCUCCGUCAACUUCCGGAAGUCAGUGGGGAGCUUGGCGGGCAAUCGGUUUUCGGUGGAUCAGUUGGCGUUGAUUCGUAGCCAGAUCCACGAGGCGCAUGCACGCGGAUUGAAGGUGCGGUACUGGGGUACGCCGGGGUGGCCGCGCGGGCUAAGGAAUCAUGUCUGGCAUGUUCUGGUGCGCGAGGGGGUCGAUCUUAUCAAUGUGGAUGAUUUGGAGGAGGCGACGCGGCAGGACUGGAGGAAACAUCGGAGUUGGCUGUUUUAGUGCGUGCUUGGGUCGUGUAGGUUAUUUGUUUGUUAGCAUUUUACCCUAGAAUGGCUGGAAAUAAGAAACUGGCAUAGAA